UAUAAUACGACAAUCCACAACUUUCCAGCUUAAAAACAAAACCUAUCUGUGAAAACAAAUGGGCAAAUCUCUAAUCACUUCUUGUUUUCCUACAAUCCGUAGACGCCAAGCAACUGUCACGCUAGUUUUCUUUGAGCACGGAUCCACCAAAACCCUAAGUGACUCCAAGAAACAUGUUGCUGGAGAAAUCAUGUUUGAGUUUCCCGAUCAAAUCGUGUGCCACGCAGAUUCAUUCUUCAUCGGCCGUCCGGUUCCAGCUCUAGCCAUGGACGACUUUCUCAUCCCUGGUCAAACCUAUUUCGUCUUACCCAUCGAACGUUUCGCCUACAGAAUCUUAACCACUUCGUGUCUCUCGAUCUUCAACUCUAACUUUGAAAAUGUUCGGUCGACUAAUCAACCACCGUUGAAUUUCACGGCGCCGUCGAGUCCACCGCCGUUCGAGUAUUCUAAGGGACUAAACGGGAAGAUUCUGAUAAAAAUUUCUCCGGAGUUUAUCAUUAGUCUUAUAUGUAAGAACAGGAACAGAAACGAAGAAGAGGCAAUAAUAGAUUGUGGUGAAAGCAGUGAUGAUCAGAUUUGUAAUUCUCCCGAGUUAAAGAAGCAUUAUGAUCAACUUGUCGGAACGAGAGAACACUUAUGGUCGCCGAAGUUGCAGACCAUCUCCGAGCAUGAGAUUAGGGUUUCUCCAUUAAGGUUCUUGGGGAUUAUUCGGAGGCAACAAGAAGUGAAUUGAUUAAACUAUGAAAAGUAUUCUUGUUUCUUCUUUUGUAUUUGUUUUGAAAAAAAUAUGGAAAAAAAUUUAGAGUGGUUAGUUGAAUGUUUGUUAUCAAGUUAGUCAUGCAUGACAAGUUGACAAAUUGCAUGUUUUUGUUGUAUAUAUUUCCACAAAGUAAUAUAUUAAUUU